AUGGCUGCAAGAACGGGGCUCCGCUAUGUUCUGCGCUGGUGGCGCCUGGGCCUCUCCAGUCGUCCGAGCUAUGCAAGGUACGCCUUCUGUCGAAGCCUGGAUAGAAGCAUCGCUUUGGCCGAUGUCACAUCCUCAGCCAGAAAUUUCAGUUAUGCCGAUGUUUUUCCCGCUCCCCGUUUCAGACACCAUGGGGCGCCCGCACCCGCGAACCUAGACUGCGAUACGGUUUCAUGGUACGUUUGCGGCCGCUUGUGA